AUGUCAUCGACGGCCAAUAAUCCUUCUCUCGGCCCUUUCCUCUUCAGUACCGAUACCAAAGUCGUCCCUCGCUCCUCUGCAGGCUUCAUCUUUCCAUCACCGCCUCCUUCUGUUUCUUCAUCUGAUAACGGUGCUUUAGAAUUCGAUCUUGAUUCUUUCACCCAUUGCUCCCCUCGAUCAAUUUUACUUGACGCGCUACCUGUGGAUGAUAAAGUAGAGACACCAAGAUAUCCAGUCGAUUUCGAUCUCAACAUACCCCUUGAUUUGUCGCCCCUUGCUUCCAGUACUCCUUCUUCCACUGAACUUGUUUCUCCGAUAUUGUCAUUCAGUGAUAUCCCACAACUUCCCGUUCUGUCUUCCAUCAAUAACAGUGACGCAGAUACUGCCGAGGCUUUGAGCACUCAUCACCUUCAGCGAUACCUUCACUACAAGGCACUUGCAGCCAAAGCCGAAGCCGAUCGAGCCGUUGCCCAGCAAAAUCAAGACGAAUCAUUUGACGCUUUCUUCGCAUCGUGUGAUAAUCCCGACGACCUCUUGAUGCCCGGUUCUGGCAAUAUCCCCCAACCGUCUUUAUACAAAGACGCUAACAACAACAUGUUCGCUUACCAACCUCAAGGUCUCGCCAAUCCUUCAUACUAUGGUAUGGGUCAACAAGUAAACAAUUGGGCUCCCGCUCCAGAAUCCUUUACAUACCAUCCUCAAUCUUCUCAAGCUGUUCUUCAUGCACAAGCGCAAGCCCAUCUUCAGGCUGCAGACGUAGCUCGAGUGCAAGCCCAACAGCAAAGAUCCAUCUCAACUUCACAAUACUAUGUUCCCAGUAGUAACCGAACCUCUUUCGAUGCUGCCGCUCAGGCUUUCGCUCCCAUUCAGCGACCAUCGAUAUCGACGCUGUCUUCAAACAGCCCUCCUUACCCUUCCACCCCUGUCUACCCUGGGAUACCAAACUUUGUUCCGGUUCAAAUGUCAAAGACGUCCACGUCGACUAGCAUGCCAUCCUUUGUUGCCCAUGAGCAGUCACCAAUGAUUCGUCGAGCCUCGUCGAACAACGGUAGUGAGCACGAAGGCGAAGACGAACUCGCCGAGUACACAUCUCCCGGACGACAAGGUUCUGACGAACUCAAACCGGUCAUACCUGGUAUGUCCAUUCCGAACGCUCACGGUGGUGGUCGAGGUUAUGUUCCCGGUCAAACACCUGAUGAUCCCAAGAAGAGGCACAAGUGUCAGAUCUGCGGUAGGGCUUUCGCUAGGGCUUUCAAUUUAAAGUCUCACGUACAAACCCAUAACCCUCUUCGACCUAAACCUUAUCAAUGUCCUCACACAUCGUGCAAACGUGGUUUCUCCCGAUUGCAUGAUCUUGAACGUCACCGACAAGGCAUUCACUGUGAUGGUCCCUUGGUGGACGCCAAGCGACAAGGUGUUUCACCUGCUAUCGCCCGCGCGCAGAAUAGGAUUCAAAAGCGAGCCGAAUCAGGUAGUCUCAUCUAG